UCUCUCGUGGUCAAUCUCGGCACUCGUGCCUGAACGGUAGACUGGCAUCAUCGGCAGAACAUGAGCGAUGAAGACAGCGGUGGGUCAAAUGUUCGCGGCAGACGGCCGUUCGUUCGUUGCGGGCAAGAACAGCGGGGGCAGGCAGGAGACUUACCGGUGCUCGGGCCAUACCGUAGGCUGCAAAGCACAAGUCCGCGCCUACAAGGGUGCCGACGGAGUGUGGAAGGUGCACACGAUUGACGCCGCACACACCGACUGCUCCGGCGGCAAUACGAAGGGGAGGACCGUUGCUCUCCAACACCUGGCCUCCACAGCCGUGAAGGACCAUUCGUCCAUGAAUGGCAAGGAGCUCAAGCGUAAGCUGGAGCGGAACACAGGGAUCAAUGUCGCCCACCGGACGGCAAACCGGAUGAAGAUGACAGCAAGGGACGGCGACAAAGCGACGACGGCGGCUGGGUACCAGCUGCUGGUUUUUUUCUGUGACCUUCUUCAACAGCAGUGCCCUGGUUCGGUCGCGGAAACCCAGAUUAACAAUGGAAUCAUAGGGUCAGAGAAAACUACCUGCAUGUCUACGAUUUCCUAGACAGCAUAUAGGGACAACUCUCGGGUGACAGGCUCAAAAGAUCAGUAUGGUAGCUGUCUUGUGUGUCUCAUAUGUUAUGUUGUGUAAUUUCAUGUCGUUAAAUGUGCGAAGGGCAAGGGAGAACAUUUCUCAUCAUUGCCUCCUGAUGACGUGGUCGCCGAUAGAGGCGUGUGGUUGAUGAGGUUUCAUAACCGACAUGUGGGUGUGUGUUAAAUGCAGUGGGUGUGUUCACCUCUCUCGUCCGUGUGUAGGUAGGAGGUAUGGCUACCUCUCCCAUUUGUAGGCAGCGUGGACCAUACUUGUAAAUAUAGUCUAGACAGAGUUCAUCAUUUCAUGCAUGUUACAUCAUUUGUGUUUGACAAGGGAGGAAUGAGAGGUUGUGCGUAUGGGUACGGGGGUACUCCCUGUGUCCGUGUUGUUCCCAGAUGUUGCCGCAUCAAGUGGCAGCAUGUGUCAUGGACAGGUAGACGUGGAAGGACGGCGACAGGUGAACGGCAGCAGUAGUAUGUUGUGCAUGGUGGCAUGUUGGGCUUGUGCAGAGGCGCAGUCCAUCUUCGACCACACACAAAAAAGUUUGCUCGUACCUGUGGGGAUUUUUCGAAGUCCUGGGUCAGCCAAGAGCAGCAGCAAGGAGCAAACGCAGUGCAGUAUACUCCACAGCUUUACAGUCCGUCCUCCUCAAGUCCUAUCGGAGAUGAUUAAUAUCGCACAACGGCUGGAUCCGAAAUGCCGGCUAGCUCCGCAAUCCAAGAGAGGUGGGUGGCUGAGCUAAAACCGGAAUGACUGCAUGCGUGCUCCUCUCAGCGACGUCGCUGGCUGGCUCUUUGAAGUGCAGAUUUCUGGUUCAGCGGAAUUUGAUUCCCAAUUCUUCGUUGUCACCUGGGUGUAUGGGAAUUUUUGAGAAAGGUGUACAGAAAUUGAUUAUCCUAAUUGCAAGGGACACGUUUCUUUUUCAGUGUUCCCCCUUGCGGUUUCGACGGUUAAAUAUGCGGUUACCCACAGAUUUUCGCAUCGCUAUAAGCUAUCAGGCUCCUACAAAAGUAUGCGUGUACAAUUUUGGUAGCGCUAGAAGCAAUUUGAACAUGAUUGUUAUGUCAUUAUUUAUAAACAGGCGUUCUUAUUUUGCACAUAGACAUGUAACGAUAUUUGAACAUAACACAACAACACUACUCCAGGAAUUGCUCAACAAAGAAACGGGACACUACCCAAUAAAGGAAAAGAUAAUCGCACGCAGGCUAAUCUACCAAAAAGUCAUUCGUAUCUACUCGAUUCCAAAUACCCAACUCCACUUUCUUCCAGUAUGAAUUCCGCACCAUAGGUGCAUUUACACCCACGAUGUUUGCAGUCACUGGCGAGGUACGAAAAAAGGUAUACAUGAAAUUGUGUAAAGUAUUACGUAUAAGUCGACUAGAAUAGAAACGUGCAAGCAUGUCAGCUAUCAAUCUGGCUGUGGCAGCUUGGAAAAAUCGAAUGUCAGUACAUCUAAUAGCAAAUCGGCACAUUUGACAGUGUAACGUCGACAUCUUACACCUAGUAGAUAACACUGUUUCCCAAUGUGGGAAUGCCCGAUAUUGCUUCAGCGUAGCCAUAUGUUGGCGCUUAUUAUACAUACCGAUACAAGUCUUACCAGGAAUGUCUUGCCCUAUUUGCAUAUCCAGAAAGUGUGCUGAUUCCCUACACUGUUCUUGGGUAACGCGAACGGGGUUGUCUAUCUCAUCACCAUUCGAAUCUAUCACCAUCGUUGGGUACAUACCACCAUAUUGAUUACCC